AUGGACUGUGUUUUGUCAGGUUUGAGGCAUUCGUUCGUUAGUGGUGACUUGGAUACUCAGCACAAUCUUAUAGUUAAAAUUGAAAAUUGGAGUCGUGUUCGCAUUGAUGCAGAAAAUGCCCAGACAAUUAAUGAUUAUCUUUACAACGUACUCCCCAUUUAUUAUUCACAUUCCUUCCAUGAGUGUCCUUUAUGUAGAUCCGAUAACUAUAUGACCUGGACAUCCCUUCUAGCUUCAUUUCUCGAUUCCAGAGUGUUGCUUCAUAAAAAUAACUCGCAAAAAAAUCCUGACUUGUUCAACUCAAAAGAUCUCUGUAUGGUGGAGUUCACACUUUCAGGUGAAACUAUUUAUCUAGUUGACGUACUUCUACAAAUGAACACCAUUGCUCUUGUUCCUGAGUUUGGAGAGUUCGUGGCAAAACGAGUAUUUUCUCUAGACAAGUCGACUUAUAAACGUCAUGAGUAUGCCAUCAGAAUUCUCAUGCUUCAUAAAUGGCUGGAUCUUAACUUUUCUCACAUCCCGAAGCCCACUUAUGAGCAACUAGGUAGAUAUUUGGAUCCAAAUUCCGUUUUGGACUGGAUAGGUUUAAGAAUCCGGACAAAUAUAAAAAAAACAUACUGGAGAGGUUGCACAGUAGCAGACAAAAUACAGGUACUUUUGAACUCUUUUGACCUAUCUACCUUGGCAACACUGCUUGGUCAAUCUACAAAUUCUGAUGGUGGAGAACAGGUUAACGUAAGUGCUUUUUAUCUUUGUACUAAACAACAGUGUAAGAAACAAAACAUUCAUCACCAUAAAGAAUCGAAGGAGCACUUUCGAGAAAAGAAGAUUGCCAGAAAACCCCAUCCAUCUGCUUUACCAAUAGGGGGUGACGUUUGUACAGAUAUAGUUACAGAAUUGGAUGAAGAGGCUAAUCAGUUCUCGUUAUAUUCACUUGAGAAACCGGGAAACCCGAGCAGUCCAAAUACACAGCGGGAUACAGAUAUCACAUCAGGAUCUAAGCGAAGACUAAUGGAUAAAAAUGAUAGAAAGCGCACGAUUUCUGAUUGGGAAGAGAAGGUUCAGGCUGAUUAUGGGUUCAGCAGACCAUCUAAGAAGAUGAAAUUGAACGGUGAAUGUAAUAACAUUGAGGAUGCAGACGGUGAGAUAAACGUGUUGGAUGUAGGGAACGACAUCGACACUAACCAGAAUGUGCGAGAUGAUGUUAGUGCAGACAAUUCCUUGCAUGGAAAGCCAGUCAUACCAAUGGAACGGAGUCAGGACAUGGGUUCACCUGGUAAACGGAAAACACCAAAGAAGGACAGAAACCCGACGGUUAGUGAGAAAAGCGCAAGGUUGAGUAUGAAUGAUUUGGCUACUUCACUGGACGCUUCAGCAUCAUUAUCUUACGUGAAUUCGGGAAAUAAUGUGUGCACCUCAGCUAAGCUGACCAUAAAUAAUGGUUUAAAUAAACCAGCUACCAGGCAGUCGAAAACCAUCGAUACUGCUGUUUUCAGCUACUGUGCGAAGCAGUUACUCAUUGCGCACCAGGAAUUCUUUGAGAUAGUUUCGACUUGA